AUGGCUUCCAAGACGAGCACGAGCAGCAGCUCGUCCUCACGGAGGCAAAAGGUCCAGGUCGGAUGGUAUCGUUUUGUACCAUUCCUCGGCUACCACCACGUGCUGAUGAUUCUCAUCGCCAUUACUAUUAUUCUACUAUCUCUACUGCUUGCCGGCUGUUCAUCUUCUUCGCCACUCAUCCCAGAUAUCUUCCUGCUCUCAAUCUACUACAAGAGUUACGAUGCAGUACCCGACACCGCUCAAGUUGACUACAACCUUCACUCCGCUAUUGAAAACAUCGCUGGAGACGCUUCGCUACAGGCCCGUGUUGGUUACUUCGGUAUUUGCAUCAACCCCGAUGGUGGUUCAUGGCUGUGCAGUAACAAUGCAACUGCCCUGGCUAAAGAGGUUGAUGUCGACCAAGAUCCUCUCAACCUUAUCUGGCUCGCUGCCCAGUUCAAGGACAUGAUUGUGUUCCCCUAUCUCAUCAUUAUUGCAAUCAUCUUCGCCUUUAUCUGUCUUCUGCUUCUCGCCACUUUCCCUGGUUGGCACGAGGAGACUGACUCCGAGGGCUCCGACCGCGAAGUCAAGCCUUUCCCCUCUCGCCCCGUCUCCCAGAUCGCUUUGGCUCUGAUCUUCAUUUCGGCCAUUUUCGUUCUUGUCUCUGUACUCUGGCAACACACAGCGUCCGUGGCCGCCUCGGUUAUAGCCCAGGAUUUCGGCAACGGAGCUGUCAGGAGUGGCGUCGGUACCAGCGCCAUGGUUUUGGGUUGGUUCUCGUUCGCACUCCUGAUCGUUGUUACAAUCGGUCUUCUCAUCAUGAUCCUCAGUAUAAGCGUGCUCAGUUCGAUGGUAUAG